AUGCAUUUCUCUGCUCUUAUCAUUGCUACUGGCCUCAUGAGCGCCUUGUCUGGUGUCUCAGCUCACGGCCAUGGUGACGGCGUUGCUCGCCUCGGAGCCCGCUCUUCAAAGCAAAUCCUUCACAUGGCUCUUCGAAGUAUCAACAAUGACGAGGCUGAUGCCAUCGUUGCACGAUACUACGAGGAGGCUGGUCUCGCUGAGCGUGAUUUCGGAGACGACCUGGUUUCCAACCUUAUGACGCGCAACCCCCAGUGCCCUAUAUGCCAUAAGCAGCUCAGUGCUAGUAAUGGAGAUCUGGCCAACCACAUGAGAGAUGAGCACGGCGCCCCCGGCAGUGGCUAUGGCAGGGCGGGCGGCAGGCAGCCCGCCAACCGAAAGCUAGUCUAG